AUGUUGCAUUUUUCUAAGCUUUCUCGAUUUGCUGCCACUAUCAUAUUGCGUACUGGGGAGUGUGGUAAUGUUACCACGUCCAUCUUCCCCAAACGCUAUGUGCAAGGACCUGGUGCCAUCAAUCUUUUGGGUGAGGAACUCUCUCGCCUCGGAAAAAAAGUUCUUCUAUUGCAGGAUCCUGUUGUUGCCACCCAAUACAGUUCGAAAUUACAGGAGUCACUUGGUGGAAAGGUGGAUGCUGUUGUAGAGGUCUUUCAAGGAGAGUGCUGUGACGAAGAAAUUAACAGACUUGCUGCUAAUAAAGGCAUUGAUGUCGUUGCCAGUGUUGGUGGCGGAAAGAUGCUAGAUACUGGAAAGGUUGUUGGACAUGUAUUGAAUGUUCCUGUUGCGGUAGUGCCUACACUGGCUUCCACAGAUGCUCCGUGUAGUGCCCUCUCUGUCAUAUACAAAAAAACAGGGGAAUUUGACCGCUAUUUUCUGUUCCCUCAAAAUCCCAGUUUGGUACUUGUGGACAGCGACAUUAUUUGUCAGGCACCCGUACGCUUCCUAGUCUCGGGAAUGGGUGAUGCCCUCGCCACUUGGUUUGAAGCAGAGUCAUGUGCAGCGAACCGCAAGCCUAACAUGACAGGUCGUCUCGGUUCUUACACUGCACUUGGUCUUGCUCGUAUGUGCUAUGAAACACUUCUGGAGUAUGGCGUACUGGCGAAAGAGGCCUGCGCAGCAAAAGUAAACUGUCCGGCGUUGGAACGUGUUAUUGAAGCAAACACAUUGCUUUCUGGUCUUGGAUUUGAAAGCGCUGGGCUUGGCGCAGCACAUGCUAUUCAUAAUGGCCUCACACUUUUGCCAGAGGCUCACACGUUUUGGCAUGGUGAGAAAGUUACUAUUGGAGUUCUCGCCUCUCUCAUGCUUACUGACAAGCCACCACAAGUAAUUGACACUGUCUACAGUUUCUGUGAGAGCGUUGGGCUGCCAACGACACUUGCUGACAUUAACUGCGGUAAAGUGAGUGAUGAGGCGCUUAUGAAGGUAGCGAUAGCUGCGUGCGCAUCCGGUGAAACCAUCCACAAUGAGGCAGGUGUAAUAACAGCUAAAGCUGUUUUCAAUGCACUAAAAACCGCUGACGCCAUUGGACGUGCCCGUCAACGGAAGUAG